CUCACAUCGAGCUCAGCUUCGUGAUCGGACACGCUGGCGACAGCCGAAGGUGUCUGACGCUCGGCUGCGGCAGGCGCUCAACGCAGUUGUACAAUUUGACUGCGCGCGGUCUUGUUGGCUGGCGACAUUCGUACAGCUCUCACACAAACUGCUCUCUCAGGAUAUCAAAUUGGAUUCCACGCAGCUAGGCGCAGUUUCAUUCGCGCAGCUGUUCAACAUCGGUCUAGAACUGUUGGAAGUCAGUCUUGCAAGUGUCAAAACGCCGGUCACUAGCCUACGAUGGCAGUCCUGCGCCACCUCGUGGCCGCGGCGGCCGUAACCAGCGCCCUCGUGACGCCGGUAGCCAGGCCGCGGCCGCGCACGCGACGGCGCGUCAUCGAGGAGCCGCGCGUUGACGACGAGCCGCGCGUCGAGUACGACAACGAAGACGGGCUAGUGUGCGUGAUCGACGAGAACGGCUUCAAGAGCUGCGCGCCCGCCGGGCCGGGCCUGGAAUGGUACGAGGACGAGCUCGUGAGCAACGAGAAGAAACUAGAAGCCGUAGAGGCGAAAUUGGAAACGCUCAAAGCCGAGAAGAAAUUACUCGUGGCGAAACAGAAGGAGCUCACGAGCGUCUACGACGAGCUCCGGUUCGAGGUACGGAAUGCGGGGUUAAAUGGGCCCAUACUGGCCUUCGUCCUUUGUGCCGCGCUCGUCGCCCUGCUCUGGAAGGACUUGUUCAUCGUGAUAUCCCUCUACGAGAACGACGCUUACAUGGAGGCCGACUGGCUGCCCGAGAGUCUCCAAUUGUUCGGUCGCCUACCGAUGGAUUUCCUCCGCGACUACACGGCUGCCGCCGUUGCGAUGCCCGUAUUGACCAAGGCGGCCACCUCCUGCGUGUCUUAUCUAGGAGGAGAUCUGACGGCGCAAGCAGUGGAAGGGCGUCGAAGGGUCGGCUUGCUCGACCUACCGCGCGCGGCGAGGAACGGUUUACUGGGAUUCUUCCUGCACGGGCCGCUCCUGCACUUCUGGAUCUUAUUCCUAGAGGGCCCAUUUGCAAAACUUUUGAUGGGGAGCGGCCUGACUGAAGGGCCAUUGCUGCUCGUAGCUAAAGUUGCCCUUGAUCAGACGUUGUUUGCGGUCACGAUCAACCUCGCGUACGCCUUCAUCGACGGGAUCCUGUCGGACCAGAGCCCGUCGGACGCGUGGCGGCGGUCGAGGCAGGUCUUGGUGCCCAGCGUAGUGCAGUCCUGGCGCUUCUGGCCCCUCGUGCACCUGAUAUCGUACUCACCGUUGAUACCUGUGUGGAAAGCAACCAGUGCGUCGGGAGCACGACGAUUCAGCACGAACGCGCCGUAAAAUUUGAUUUCCACACAGGUUGAUACCCGUCGACCUCAAGGUGCUGUGGAUAGACGUCAUGGAAAUCGUCUGGGUCGCGAUCCUCUCCGCCACGGUCAAUUCGGCUGGAGGAGACGACGAUGAUGGCGAGGGCCCGCGGGUGCCCUGGGGCGAGGGUCGGUGGGCGGAGCCGCUCGUCGACGAGGGGGGAGCAGUAAGUCGAUAACAUA